GGACCAAUACCAAAGUGUUUAUAUAACAUUACAACAAUGGUUACAAACACUGUUGAUGAAGGCUUGUUUACUUCUUACAUUCAUCCUUGGUUUUUGGUUCCAAUUUCUGUGAGAUCAGACCUAGAGGAUUUACCCUUGUUUAUGAAAGGCCGAGAAUUGAACUAUUGGCAUGCUUUGAAAUUUGUGCACGGUGUUGACCUUUCUAAUAAUGACCUCUCUGGACCAAUCCCUUUAGAAUUGGUUAGUCUCAGUGCUUUGCAGUCUUUAAAUUUGUCACAUAAUUUUUUGGAGGGAAAUAUUCCAAGUGGGAUUGGAAACAUGAAGCUUUUGGAGUCUCUAGACCUUUCAAGAAACCAACUUUCAGGUGAAGUUCCACAGAGCAUGUCAAAUUUGUCAUUUUUGAGUUUGUUGAACCUGUCUUACAAUCAUUUCAUUGGAAACAUUCCUCUGGGCACCCAACUUCAGAGUUUUGAUGCAUUUUGUUUCAUUGGCAAUCCAAAACUUUGUGGUGCUCCUCUUCCAAAGAAGUGCACACAAGAAGGGACACCUUAUUAUGGCUUCAAAAUGGAGGACAAGGAUGGUGAUGAUUUUACAUCUUGGUUUGAAAUGGGCAUGGGAAUUGGAUUUGCUUCUGCAUUUUUGGGCGUUUUUGGCAUCCUCUUCUUUGUUAGGAGAUGGAGGGAUUCGUUUUUCCGAGGCCUUGAUGAUCUUUAUUUGAAAGUAAAAAGGACAUGUUAA